AUGGAAAGGGAAGAUGUUCAUUACAGAGGAGUUCGGCGCCGCCCUUGGGGUAAAUUUGCGGCGGAAAUACGAGACCCAUCCAGGCGUGGUGCACGUCUAUGGCUUGGAACCUUUGAUACGGCGAAGGAUGCAGCAGAUGCUUAUGAUCAAGCUGCGUUUGCUUUAAGGGGUCAUCUCGCCAUCCUUAACUUUCCCAAUCAACAUUACUCUCACUCCUCUUAUACCUCCUCGUCCUCGUCUUCUUCUUCUGCUUCUCCCAGUGGAGGGGAGGUUGAGAAGCCAAGUUUAUCAACUAGAGCCGGAAGAGAAAGAGAGGUCAUUGAGUUUGAGUAUCUGGACAAUAAGGUUCUGGAGGAGCUCCUGGAGGAUACCACUAACACGACCAAGCGCAUGAAAUACUAA